GUCCUCUUGGACGCACGUUACGGAACGACGUGAACGAGCACGCAUUUUGACGUUCGCGGGGCGGGAGCGCGGAUGCGGAAAGAGGAAAUCGGCGAAACCAGCACGAAGAGCUGUCACAACACAUUUAUGAUAAUAUUUUUUUGCAAGAUCUACAAAAAAAUUCAGCUCCAUCUUUAACUUUGUGUUAUUUAACUUUUUUUUGGCAUGAAUUACUCUCAGAGCGGGCGUGUCCAACAGUGGAGAGAGCCUCUAAAUAAUAACUGCUCUGGACUGAUUAUCUACAAUAGUAUCACACAUGUAAUCUAUUACAGUAAAGCUAUAGUUUUUAAAAUUUGGCCAAAGCAUCACGGUGCCUCCUUACAGUGAGAACAAAGCGUCCUGAGGGUAUUUUUUGCAUGUGGAAUAAGGCUGUGAGUGUGUGUCAGUGUGUGUCAGUGUCUUCAGCGCCACCAUGGUUCACUGGCAGCUCUGCACUCUGGAGAACCUGAUGGAUUCAGGGUUCGGGCGUCCUUUUCCACGACACGGCCUCCAGCUGCUCUUUUGGUUUUCCAACCAGUGUGUGACCUGGGAGGUCAAGUUGGUGGUUACGAUGAAGCUGGUCUCAGACUGUCAGCCGGAGAACGGCUUCUGCGGCUUCCACCUGUUUGGAAACAUCGAGGAGCUUCUGCCUGUUCUGAGCAGGUCCAGGAAGGGCAGGAGUAAGGUUACGUACUUCGAGGUUGGCAACCUGAACACAGAAACUUACCCUGCUUCUGCAAACCUCCCGGCAUAUGUGAGGGAAAAUUAUAGGUCGGGUAGCAAAGGCACCAAUUACAAUAUUGACCGCAUCAUCAUCGGUUACCGGGUGAAGACCCGGGUGGUGGAGACGGUGUACGUCACCGAGCACGACGCUGCCAUGUUUGGGAGGUUCAGGUCCGACAGGACUUAUGAAAUCAGCUCUGAACUGAUCCAGGCUCUGCAGAACCCGCAGCUGGACCUCACCACCUUCCUCAUCCAGAUGGGCUACUAUGUAAGCGUGGUCCAGGGUAUAGAAGAGAUCCCCUACUCAGACCCUCCAGCUCAGCAAAUGUACAAUGCGGUGCAGAACUACAGCAGACCCACGGCAGCAGCUCAGCAGGUCUACUCAUAUCCCUGCAGCUACAACCAGCACGGGUACUACAGUGAUGUAACCUCACAGAGCAGACUGACUACUGACUACUACAGAUACUGGCAGUCCAGCUGGGAGCAGCCUUAUGAAGCUUUUAGUGAGAAACCAAAGAAGUGGGAUGGAGGCGAUGGCUUCAGCCUCCUCAGGUGUCUUCUCGGUGCUGGAGCGCUCUACUUAGCAGCCAAAUGUCUGAUGUGGUUUCUGAGGAGCUGGUGGAACCAAGACAUGAAUGAAGACAUGGUGCAGGUGAGACUACGGUGGACUCCGACGUUCCGGCGCUGGACUCCGAGUCACCGGCAUACACACAUCAUGCUGGAUUACGUCUUCUAAAACUCACGCACAGCAUCACAUGUCACAUUUCUGAGGAUCUGAAAUGGCUGGAGAUGAACUUUUGGAAUAAUGAACUCCAGACUGUGUGCUGUCUGUUUACUAUUUUCCACACUGGAGGAAAAUUUAUUUUUUUAAUUUAAAUUUUAAUGAUUGUGUAAAGAUCCUAACCUUGAUUUUCCUGCAUUUCUGUGUCAUUUUUUUAACAGACUGAAUUAAAACCUCAGGAUCAAGAAGUAUAUACAGUCCUUUUAGACAUAAAAUCAUUCAGAUGACUCUGUAAAGACUGAAGGGGUGAUGUUUGAAAUCUUGAUUUAAAUUUUGAUAUUUCAGUGAAACGUUUCUGUGAGCAGGUACGCUCACUUCCUGUUUCAGGAAGCAGCUUCAGCAAACUGCAGUUUAAACAGAGUUUAUUCAUUCUGAAAUGGAAACUCAAAGUUUUCAGUUUUCAGUGAGUGGACGAAGAAAGACAUCAUGUUACCAUGAUUCACCAUGGCAACAGGUAAAUAAAGAGCAGAGCCUCCAUUUGAAUCCAAGGACCAAUAAAUAUAACUUUUACAUGUUAAUAUUUAUUUUUGCAGGUGCAGCAGUUGGUGAAUCUUUGUGUUUUUCUGUUUGUGCUCUUCCUCUUAUUCUUAUCUUUUCUCCUAUUUUUCUCCCCUUGUUUCUUUCUUGCUCUUAGACCGUGUGUAUUUUUAUAUAAAAUUGAUCAUUUUUGAUCACAUUUGUGGUCAUCAUUUACCCAGCUCGAUGACUGCCCUAAAUUUACAUUUUGUUUUUAAAUCGAAUCCUUGAGCUGAGAGGGACAAACACUGACACACUGUGGAGGAGAGCCAGAGAUUAAUAACUAAUGAUUAAAAGCAGAGUGAAAAGAGGUGAAAUACUACCUGAGGUCACCAAAGACUGGAGGUCCUGAUCUAAACAAUGAGGCACAUUAAUGUAAAGAUUUGCUGAUGCUGGUGAAAGUUUGCUUCUAUAGGACAGAACAGAAGAGGGCGCUAUUUUAUUAAUAAAAGUCUGUGAGAAUAUUUCACUACAAAUUACACUUAUUCCCCCUAAGAAUCACAUUUAAGGCCGUUAUUUUAUAAAUACAGUUUAUAAAGGGCUCAUGAGUUGCAGCUAAAAUCAAUUUUUAACUUUCCCUUUAUAGAUAAGUUAUAAGCAGCCUUCAAUGUUCUUUUUUUUUUUUUUGCAUUUUCGGCCACAGCAGCUUUCAUCGACAGUGGAGAGAGAGGAGAUGAGGGAAGGAUACAGGGGAGGACACGUGGGUGGGUCGGCGACGGGCCGGGACGCGGCAUGUGUAUGUGGUCGCCGGCUUCACCACCCAGGCGCCCCCUUCAGUGUUUCUUUAUUGCUGUUAAAUGCAUUUAAAAAGUUUGAUUAUUCAUUAGAGACUUUAUCAGGUUCACGUGUGCCUUUCUUUAGACAAAGCUGCAGCAUCAAUGCUUAAUGCUGUUUAUAUCUGAUGGAAUAUUGAUGCUAUUGAAUAUCUUACAGUUUGUAUUAUAUAGAACUCCAUGAAUUAAAUGUUGUACACUUUAUUAGGAGCGACAGCUAAUACUCCUUCCUCUCUAUUCUGUACACGAGGAGGACAAAACGUGACUAAAAUAUUACUGCAUUUGUGAAGCUUCGUAACAGGGAGCUUGCCUCAGACCAGCCUCCAUCAGACUGCACAACUGAUUUUAAUAAAAUGCUCUGUGAAUGUGUGUAUAUUAGUUGCUGUUGCGUAUGUUGCUGUUAGAUGUCAUUCAUCAAUUUCCCAUUUUGAUUCACUGUAUAAUUAAAAUG